CGGGGCGGGGGAAAGGCGAGCCCAGAGCCCGGAGAUGUCGGAGCUGGAGCGGCUGCGGCUCGGGGACAUCCCCGAGGGCCGGCAGCUGCUGCGGGAGCAGCACGACAACCUGCACAGGGUGGCGGAUUACUGCCAGGGCAACUACCUGCAGGCCAGCGACAAGAGGAAGGCGCUGGAGGAGACGAUGGCCCUGAGCACGCAGUCCCUGGCCAGUGUCACCUACCAGGUCAGCAGCGUGGCCAGCGCCUUCCUGCGCCUGCUGGAGCUGCAGGCGGCGCAGCUGCGGCAGCUGGAGGCUGACAUCGCCUGCGUGGCACAGAGGGUGGACAUCCACAAGGAGAAGGUGGCACGGCGCGAGAUCGGCGCCCUGACCGUCCCCAAGGGGGUCCCGAUGGGCCCGAAGGUGGCGGCGCCCCCCGAGCCCCCCGAGCUGGAGCCCUACUACAGAAAACCGCUCAACUUCAGCGCCCUGGACGGCGUCGGCCACGGGGUCAAGGACACCAGCACUCAGCUGUCCCGCACGGGGACCCUGGCUCGGAAAAGCACCAAAAGCAGCUCGGCCCAACCUGCGGGGACACUGGGGAGGAGCAGCCGUGUUCCCGAGCCGGUGCAGCCGCCCGUGGUUCCCCCGGGGAAGCUCCCGAGCGCUCCCAGCUCCUCCCUGGGGUCCCUCAGCUCCAGCAGCGCCCCGGCAGCUCCUGGGGAGGGAAUUCCUGUCCCUCCACCCCCUCCGGGGCCACCUCCCGCAGUGCCACCCCCUCCGGGGCCACCUCCUCCUGCCGCCGCCAUCCCACCUCCGCCCGCGCUCCCUGCGCACCUGGCCGCGCCCCCAGCCCCCGAUGAUCUGGAGCUGCUGCCACCACCCCCGGCUGUGCCUGAAUUUGGGGACCUGACCCCGCCACCACCCCCGGCUGUGCCUGAAUUUGGGGACCUGACCCCGCCACCACCUCCAGCUGUGCCUGAAUUUGGGGACCUGACCCCGCCACCACCUCCAGAUGUGCCUGAAUUUGGGGACCUGACCCCGCCACCCCCCCCGGCCGCAGAGGAUCCCCCGUGGGCUCCCCAGAAUUACCUGGAGAAAGUGGUGGCCCUGUACCCCUACACGGGACAGAAGGACAACGAGCUGUCGCUGGAGCCGGGCGCGCUCCUGUUCGUCACCCGCCGCUUCUCGGACGGGUGGUGCGAGGGGGUGGCGGAGCAGAGCUCGGGAUUAUUCCCCGGCAACUACGUGGAGUCCGUGUGAGCAUCGGGAUUGCCGGGAAUCCGGCUGGAAAUUCGGCUUUUGGAGCCGGGAAUUUCGGCUUUCGGAGC